AUGGAUCAGAGUGAGGACACAGAGGAGGGAGCCCCUCCCUCUGAAAUCUCUCUGUGUAAGGAACAUGAAGCUCUGAGGAUGAAGAAGCAGAGACCAGAGUCUCCCGGACCCAGCUGUGUGUCCAUUAAGAGUGACUGGUCUAAAGAUUUUUAUAUUGACUUCAAAGAUGAACCUCCUGCUGAUAACAGAGUUCAGCAGAGCUCAGAGGAUCUCGGUGAUCAGUCAGACCAGCAGCAUCAAACAGACCUGGACUCAAUAUUUAUGCUGCUGGAGGAGAACAUCAUCACCUUUGUGAAGAAGGAGCUGAAGAGAGUCCAGAGGGUUCUGAGAUCAGAUUACCCAGCAUGCUUUGAGGGUCAGAGUGAGGAUGGUGAGGUUUUAGAUGGUGAGGAUGAAGAGCAGAGGAAGAGCAGCAGAGAUGCUUUUCUGAAGAUCACUCUGCACUUCCUGAGGAGAAUGAAGCAGGAGGAGCUGGCCGACUGUCUGCAGAGCAGAUCUUAUGACGCAGUGUGCCAACGUAAACUGAAGUCUAGCCUGAAGGAGAAGUUCCAGUGUGUGUUUGAGGGGAUCGCUAAAGCAGGAAACCCAACCCUUCUGAACCAGAUCUACACAGAGCUCUACAUCACAGAGGGAGAGACUGGAGAGGUCAAUGAUGAACAUGAGGUCAGACAGAUUGAAGCAGCAUCCAGGACACCACACAGAGCAGAAACAACCAUCAGACCAGAAGACAUCUUUAAAGGCUCACCUGGAAGAGAUGAACCAAUCAGAACAGUGCUGACAAAGGGAGUGGCUGGCAUCGGGAAAACUGUCUUAACACAGAAGUUCACUCUGGACUGGGCUGAAGACAAAACCAACCAGGACAUCCAGUUCACAUUUCCCUUCACUUUCAGAGAGCUGAAUGUGCUGAGAGAGAGAACGUUCAGCUUGGUGGAACUUGUUCAUCACUUCUUUACUGAAACCAGAGAAGCAGGACUCUGCAGGUUUGAAGAGUUCCAGGUAGUGUUCAUCUUUGACGGUCUGGAUGAGUGUAGACUUCCUCUGGACUUCCACAACAAUCAGAUCCUGACUGAUGUCACAAAGUCCACUUCAGUGGAUCGUCUGCUGACAAACCUCAUCAGGGGGAACCUGCUCCCCUCUGCUCGCCUCUGGAUAACCACACGACCUGCAGCAGCCAAUCAGAUCCCUCCAUGGUGUGUUGACAUGGUGACAGAGGUCAGAGGGUUCAGUGACCCUCAGAAGGAGGAGUACUUCAGGAAGAGGCUCAGAGACCAGGAACAGGCCAGCAGAAUCAUCUCCCACAUCAAGACAUCCCGAAGCCUCCACAUCAUGUGCCACAUCCCGGUCUUCUGCUGGAUCACUGCUACAGUUCUGGAGGAUGUGCUGAAGACCAGAGAGGGAGGAGAGCUGCCCAGAACCCUGACUGAGAUGUACAUCCACUUCCUGGUGGUUCAGACCAAACGGAAGAGCAUCAAGUACGAUGGAGGAGCUGAGACUGAUCCUCACUGGAGUCCAGAGAGCAGGAAGAUGAUUGAGUCUCUGGGAAAACUGGCCUUUGAGCAGCUGCAGAAAGGAAACCUGAUCUUCUAUGAGUCCGACCUGACAGAGUGUGGCAUCGAGAUCAGAGCAGCCUCAGUGUACUCAGGAGUGUUCACACAGAUCUUCAGAGAGGAGAGAGGACUGUACCAGGACAAGGUGUUCUGCUUCAUCCAUCUGAGCGUUCAGGAGUUUCUGGCUGCUCUUCAUGUCCAUCUGACCUUCACCAAGUCAGGACUCAACCUGAUGUCAGAAGAAGAAACAACGUCCCUGAUGUCAGAAGAAGAACAAACAACCUCCAUGAUGUCUGGAACAAGAGAAAACAAAGCGAGACGUCUCUAUCAGAGUGCUGUGGACCAGGCCUUACAGAGCCCAAAUGGACACCUGGACUUGUUUCUCCGCUUCCUCCUCGGCCUUUUACUAAAGACCAAUCAGAAUCACUUACGAGGUCUGCAGACGCAACCCAGAAGUAGCUCUAAGACUAAAACAGAAACAGUCGAGUACAUCAAGAAGAAGAUCAGUGAGAAUCUGUCUGCAGAGAGAAGCAUCAACCUGUUCCACUGUCUGAAUGAACUGAAUGAUCAAUCUCUAGAGGAGGAGAUCCAAUACUUCAUGAGAUCAGGACAUCUCUCCACAAAUAAACUGUCUCCUGCUCAGUGGUCGGCUCUGGUCUUCAUCUUACUGUCAUCAGAGAAAGAUCUGGACGUGUUUGACCUGAAGAAAUACUCUGCUUCAGAGAAGGCUCUUCUGAGGCUGCUGCCAGUGAUCAAAGCCUCAAAUAAAGCUCUGUUAAGUUCCUGUAGAGUCUCUGAAAGAAGCUGUGAAUCUCUGUCCUCAGUCCUCAGCUCACAGUCAUCUAGUCUGAGAGAGCUGGACCUGAGCAACAACGACCUGCAGGAUUCAGGAGUCAAGCUGCUGUGUGAGGGACUGAAGAGUCCUCACUGUAGACUGGAAACUCUCAGGAUGAGUUCCUGUAACCUCUCAGAGAGAAGCUGUGGAGCUCUGUCCUCAGUCCUCAGCUCACAGUCUUCUAGUCUGAGAGAGCUGGACCUGAGCAACAAUGACCUGCAGGAUUCAGGACUCAAGCUGCUGUGUGAGGGACUGAAGAGUCCUCACUGUAGACUGGAAACUUUCAGGAUGAGUUUCUGUAACCUCUUAAAGAGAAGCUGUGAAGCUCUGUCCUCAGUCCUCAGCUCACUGUCCUCUAGUCUGAGAGAGCUGGACCUGAGCAACAAUGACCUGCAGGAUUCAGGAGUCAAACUGUUGUGUGAGGGACUGAAGAGUCCUCACUGUAGACUGGAAACUCUCAGCUUGUCAGGCUGUCAGAUCAAAGAGGAGGGUUGUGCUUCACUGGCCUCAGCUGUUAGCUUCUCUCGUCUGAGAGACCUGGACCUGAGCUACAAUCAUCCAGGAGAACCUGGAGAGGCGCUGCUGACUGCUCAACUGGAGGAUCCACGCUGCAGGCUACAGACACUGAGGUUGGACCAUGGUGGACCACACAGACUCAGAGCUGGUCUGAAGAAAUACGCCUGUGAGCUGGAACUGGACACAAACACUGUGAACAUAAAACUCACACUGUCUGACACCAAAAGGAAGGUGACAUGGGUGAAGAAGCCUCAGUCAUAUCCUGAUCAUCCAGACAGAUUUGACCCCUGGCCUCAGGUGCUGUGUAUGACUGGUUUGACUGGUCGCUGUUACUGGGAGGUCGAGUGGAGAGGAGAGGUUUCUGUAUCAGUGACUUACAGAGGAAUCAUCAGGAAAGGAAGAAAUGCUAGAUUUUUGUUUGGAGAAAAUGAUCACUCCUGGGCACUACGCUGCUCUGAUUAUAAAGGUUACUCUGUCUGGCACAAUAACAAAGUAACAAACAUCUCCUCCUCCUCUGUCUCUCACAGAGUAGCAGUGUAUGUGGACCAUUCUGCUGGCACUCUGUCUUUCUACAGAGUCUCCUAUGGCACACUGAUCCACCUCCACACCUUCAACACCACAUUCACUGAACCUCUGUAUCCUGGGUUUGGGCUUGGGCCUGGGAUUGGGUUUACGCUCUGGUCUGGUUUCUCGUUGUCUUGGUGUUCUCUGUUGUUUAAAGAAACACUGUUCACUGAAGAUCAGCUGAAUGUGUUCACUCUGUGA